AACAUGUUCUACCUUUCCAACAGUGAAAGAGUUUCUGGAGCUUCGACUCCAUUUUCAAAUUGUGGCUGAACAAACAGAAAACUUUUUUUGUUUUGUUUUUUAAAAAACGAGAUUAAUUCCAAGGGAACAAGGACUUUUGGUGAAAAGUGAAAGAUUUUUCUAUUUUAAUGUCAGGUAUGGAGAAUGGCGGGGGGGAGGAGGAGUGAAACUGUUCUGUGAACUCUGAACAUUGCAGCAGAAGAGAUCAGACCUGGUUGUACACAGCUGUCUUUCCAUGAAGAAUAACUUUUCUUUAUGAAUGGUGAAAGAUGGAUCAGUGUAAUCCUGACCAAUCUGAUGGAUUUCCACAAUUAAAAAAGAGCAGUGUGCCCAAGAUGAAGAGAUCAGACUCACCAGGGCCCAGCUGUGUCUCUAUGAAGAGUGACAAGUCUAUGGCUUUACCACUAAAGUUUAAAGAUGGAGAAUCCACAGCUGGAUACAGUGAAACUCAGAUGAAGAGAUCAGACUCACCAGGGCCCAGCUGUGUGUCUAUGAAGAGUGAUUUCUCAAUGAAGUUCCCACUAAAUUUUAAAGAUGGAGAAUCCACAGCUGGAUACAGUGUCCCACAACAAGCAAGAAGCAAAACUGAGCAGAAGAUCAUAAUCACAGAUACAAGGUGCAAGUCUCUAACUACUGAACCUCAUCUUCAGGAGAGAUGCAAAUUAAAUCUGAUAAAGAAGUUUCAGCAUGUAAAUGACGUGAUAAAAAACCAGGGAAACCCAACACUUCUCAAUGAGAUCUACACAGAGCUCUACAUCACAGAAGGAGACAGUGGAAAAGUCAAUAAUGAACAUGAGGUGAGACAGAUCGAGGCAGCAUCCAGGAAAGCAGCAACAGAGGAAACACCCAUCAAAUGCAAUGACAUCUUUAAGCCCUUAUCUGAAGAAGACAAACCCAUCAGGAGCGUUCUGACAAAGGGAGUCGCUGGCAUUGGAAAAACCGUCUCUGUGCAGAAAUUCAUUCUAGACUGGGCUGAAGGGAAAACAAACCAGGAUGUUCAUCUCAUAUUUCCACUUCCUUUCAGAGAGCUCAAUUUGAUGAAGGAUCAAAACUUGAGUCUGAUGGAGCUCCUUCAUUUUGUUUUUAAGGAGAUAAAAGAAAUGAACAUCUUCAAUCUGCACAAAGUUCUGUUCAUUUUUGAUGGUUUGGAUGAGUGUCAUUUUCCUCUGGAUUUCCAGAACACAGUGAGAGUGUGUGACGUAACUGAAUCAUCAUCAGUGCAUGUGCUGCUGAUAAACCUGAUCAAAGGGAAUCUGCUUCCCUCUGCUCUCAUCUGGAUCACCUCCCGACCAGCAGCAGCUGAUCAAAUCCCCUCUGAGUGUGUCCAUCGAGUCACAGAGGUACGAGGGUUCAAUGACCCACAGAAGGAAGAAUAUUUCAGGAAGAGGAUCAGUGAUCAGAGCCUGAGCAACAGAAUCAUCACACACCUGAAGUCAUUAAGAAGCCUCUACAUCAUGUGUCACAUCCCAGUCUUCUGCUGGAUUUCAGCCACUGUUCUAGAGAAAUUGUUGGGUGAAGCAGAGAGUGGAGAGAUCCCCAAGACUCUGACUCAAAUGUACACCCACUUCCUCCUCAUUCAGACAAACAUCGUAAAGAAAAAGUACACAAAGAGCAGAGAGGCAGAUAAAGAAAUGAUUCUGAAACUGGGUAAACUGGCUUUUCAGCAGCUGAUGAAAGGGAACCUGAUCUUCUAUGAGGAAGACUUGAUGGAGUGUGGCAUUGACACGAUGGAAGCAUCAGUGUAUUCAGGUGUGUGUACACAGAUCUUCAGAGAGGAGUGUGGGCUUCACCAGAGUAAAGUGUACUGCUUUGUUCAUCUGAGCAUUCAGGAACACCUUGCAGCUCUCUGUGUGCACCUGGUUUUUAUGAAGGGAAAGAGAAAUGUUCUUCAGCAGAGUCUGUUUUCUCAAAUGUCAACACUGCUCAGAGAAAUUACAAUCACGGAUGUCCACAAGAGUGCUGUAGACCAGGCUUUACAGAGUAAAAAUGGGCAUCUGGAUCUUUUCCUUCGCUUUCUUCUCGGCCUCUCAGUGGAGUCCAAUCAGAUCCUCUUACAGUCCAUAGUGACACAGACAGGUUCCCACAGUAACCAGGAAACAGUUCAUUACAUCAAAAAGAAGAUCAGAGCGAAUCCCUCAACAGAGAAAUCCAUCAAUCUGUUUCACUGUCUGAAUGAACUGGAGGAUCAUUCUCUUGUUGAGGAAAUCCAACAGUACCUGCAAUCUGGAAAUUUAGAAGAAAUCAAUCUUUCUUCUUCUCAGUGGUCAGCUGUGGUGUUUGUGUUACUGACAUCUAUGCAGGAAGAGGAUGGAUUUGUUCUUCAGAAAUAUACCAAAGGUCAGAGUAAAUCAAAUGAGGUUCUUCUGAAGCUCCUGCCUGUGGUUGCAGCAUCCAGAAAAGCUCAGUUGAAAAAUUGCAGUGUAAAUGAGAAAGGGUGUGCAGCUUUGGCUUCAUUGUUCAGCUCUGAAUCCUCCAAUCUGAAAGAACUGGAUCUGUCUUGGAAUAAACUCAAAGACUCAGGAGUGAAGCAUCUCUCUGCUGGACUGGAGAAUCCUCACUGCAAACUGGAGACACUGGGGUUCCGUUAUUGUGAAAUCUCAGAUGAAGGCUGUGCUGCUCUGACUUCAGCUCUGAGAUCAAACCCCUCACACCUGAGAAAACUGGAGCUGUCAUGGAAUAAACUCAGAGCCUCAGGAGUGAAGCGUCUCUCUGCUGUACUGGAGAAUCCUCACUGUAAACUGGAAACACUGGGGUUGAGUGAUUGUGAAAUCUCAGAUGAAGACUGUGCUGCUCUGACUUCAGCUCUGAGAUCAAACCCCUCACACCUGAGAAAACUGGAUCUGUCUCAGAAUAAACUCAGAGCCUCAGGAGUGAAGCGUCUCUCUGCUGUACUGGAGAAUCCUCACUGUAAACUGGAGACACUGGGGUUGCGUUAUUGUGGAAUCUCAGAUGAAGGCUGUGCUGCUCUGACUUCAGCUCUGAGAUCAAACCCCUCACACCUGAGAGAACUGGAUCUGUCUGGGAAUAAACUCAGAGACUCAGGAGUGAAGCGUCUCUCUGCUGUACUGGAGAAUCCUCACUGUAAACUGGAGACACUGGGAUUCUGUUAUUGUGAAAUCUCAGGUAAAGGCUGUGCGACUCUGACUUCAGCUCUGAGAUCAAACCCCUCACACCUGAGAGAACUGGAUCUGUCUGGGAAUAAACUCAGAGACUCAGGAGUGAAGCGUCUCUUUGCUGGACUGGAGAAUCCUCACUGUAAACUGGAGACACUGGGGUUGUGUAAUUGUGAAAUCUCAGAUGAAGGCUGUGCUGCUCUGACUUCAGCUCUGAGAUCAAACCCCUCACACCUGAGAGAACUGGAUCUGUCUGUGAAUAAACUCAGAGACUCAGGAGUGAAGCGUCUCUCUGCUGUACUGGAGAAUCCUCACUGUAAACUGGAGUCACUGGGGUUGUGUAAUUGUGAAAUCUCAGGUGAAGGCUGUGCUGCUCUGACUUCAGCUCUGAGAUCAAACCCCUCACACCUGAGAGAACUGCAUCUGACUGGGAAUAAACUCAGAGACUCAGGAGUGAAGCGUCUCUCUGCUGUACUGGAGAAUCCUCACUGUAAACUGGAGACACUGGGCAAACCUUGUGAUCCCAGGGGUCAUUUUGACGACAUUUGCAUCAGCUGUCCUGCCAUAUACAUCAGAAGGUACUGAGCUCCAACAGAUGUUGCCACUUUUGGAUCUGAAUGUUUCAGCAGGAGCAGCUUCAGCACCGGUAACCUCCUCCAGAUGUGUCUGUGUCUUCCGGUUGGUACGCCACAUCAUCUUCCUCCUCAGAGACCUGCUCAUCUCCAUCGCUAUACUGCUCUGUGUCCUCUGCCUCAUUAUCAGCAAAGAUAUGGUCCAGAGCUUGGCUUACAUUCAGUCCUCUUCUCAUUGUUGCAUGCUGUAAAUUGGAGAUGUGUACUCUGCAAGUCACCAACUCUAAACUCAAUUGGCCUUACAUGCCUGGACAUGUCUGUCUUUGUUUGUUCUGUCAAACAGGCAAAGAGAAAAGCCCCUGACUGAAGCUCAAGUGGUUGGAGGAAGAGCUGGCUGUAGGCUGUUGGCUGAUUGUGUGUUUAUGAUUUCAGUUUUGGCAUUUAUUAUUGUUUUAUAAUCUUAUAUUUUAACUGGGUCGAAAUUGACCCUAACAACACAAAGGUCACAAUUUUCACCAGAGCAUUUUAUAAUUUAGUAAAAAAAAUUUUUGGAUUUUAUUUUGUUUAAAUAGAAGUUCCUGACAAAGUCAAAAAGUCUUGAUGCAAUAAACAAAUUUAUGUAGUACUUUUAUGCAUGCUAAACCGAAAAACGGGUCGGUGCCAACCCGAACACUAGAGGAAGGUUAAGUUGAUCACCCAUAAUGUUUGAAGUGUGUUCCUGGUACAACUGAUUUGCAUGCAGUUGUAAUGGAGUUAAUAAAUAGUUAUUUGAAUUUUAUAUUAAAUCCUGCAUAAAUGGGCUGAGACUUUUAUUUUGUAGUUUUUCUGUACAGUUUUGCAUUAUGGGCAUUUUGCAGCGGGAAGUUUUCUACUGCUGCAGGUAGGUUGGGAUAUCAUAGGUCUGAGAUAAAAGUCAUAUUUGCACUGUAUUGCAUUAGUCAGCCAUUUGCCCAAUUAAGUAUAAUGUAAAAGGUCACCUAUAAAUCGCAUUUGUGUGAUCUUUUUCACUGUUGUUUUUAUGUAGUUUUGUAUUCUCGUUUGACCUUGAAACACAUUUGUAUUGAAAAGUGCAUCUGGUAAUAUGACAUUUAUUUUGUUUCGGGGCGGCACGGUGGUGUAGUGGUUAGCGCUGUCGCCUCACAGCAAGAAGGUCCUGGGUUCGAACCCCGGGUCCGGCGAGGGCCUUUCUGUGUGGAGUUUGCAUGUUCUCCCCGUGUCCGUGUGGGUUUCCUCCGGGUGCUCCGGUUUCCCCCACAGUCCAAAGACAUGCAUGUUAGGUUAACUGGUGACUCUAAAUUGACCGUGAGUGUGAAUGGUUGUCUGUGUCUAUGUGUCAGCCCUGUGAUGACCUGGUGACUUGUCCAGGGUGUACCCUGCCUUUCACCCGUAGUCAGCUGGGAUAGGCUCCAGCUUGCCUGCGACCCUGUAGAAGGAUAAAGCGGCUAGAGAUAAUGAGAUGAGAUGAGAUUUUGUUUCGGCGGACACCACAUGUAUUCCCACCCUCAAUGCGUUAUUUUACCAACCCAUGUGCAGGUCACCAAUCAGAUUUAUCGUUUAAGUUGUUUGUUUUAUGAACGUUCUAAGUUUACCUCGUGGCUUCGCUAGCAUCCGCGAUCGAGAAUGUGACUAGCCUGGAAUGUCUCAACUGCAUUCUAGCUGCAGUACCAGUAGUGGCCACAAGAGUGUACCUUUAGCUUUGUAUGAGCGCUGUUUGCACGUUUUGACAUUGAGAAUGGAUGAAGCAAUGCUUUUCUUGUACAGUGUAUGU